AUGCAUGUGGACUUUCAUAAACUGAAAUUAACGAGAGGCAGCUCUUACUUGCCACUACCUAAGAAUUUCAGUGGAAAAUUCUCUGUGAUUAAUCCUAAAAAUGAAGAAGAUGAUGAAUGUUUCAGAUGGGCUGUUUUAGCUGCCUUAUAUCAUGAUAAGAUAGAUAAUCAUCCUGAACGAAUCUCAAUCCUUAAGAAGUAUGAAGACAAGUGUAAUUGGAAUGGUCUAUCUUUCCCAAUGGCACUAAACAAGAUAGAUUUGUUUGAGAGAAGAAACCCUGAUAUCGCUGUGCAUGUUUUAACAAAAGACGAUGUAGAAGGUGUCUACAUGUGCCGUAGGUCGAAGCAUCUGGAUCGUAAGGAGACAGAUAAUGAUGCUGCUAAGGUUCAACUCCCUAAAGAGGGUAGCACCUUAACCUUCACUGAUGGUAAGUUUCAGCUCAAGGUUCCAUUCAUCAUUUAUGCCGAUUUCGAAGCUUUUACACAAGAAUUGCCCGAGGAUGAGAGAAAAGGCGGAUCAUCAACCGAGAAAGUUGAAAUGGAUCCACUGACGGAUGAGGAGCGUGACGGUUUCAAUAGAUCCGAGGUUUGCCACAUUUGUAUGAAGGAAUUUGAUGGUGAUGAUGACAUCAAGGUUAGGGAUCACUGUCAUUUCACUGGAGCUUGCAAGAAAGUACGGAGAGGAUGCGGCUUGAACAAUCUUAGUGCAAAUCUCCCGGGUGUUAACAACAUGAGAUGUGAUAAGUGUAGCUCAGGCUGCUCGUUUGAAUAUAUUGAUGAAAACUAUAUUGCUCACGGGAAAUGUGGUGAAUGCGAUGUCGGUUGCAAUAGAAAUCUUGAUAAGCAGAGUUUACUUGAAAAGUUCCGUAAUAUGCACACGGGAAACGAUGAGCAGUUCAGGUUUAAUGAAACUGAGCUCCCGUCAAAGGAUGACUUUUAUAGCGAGCUUAACAUGAGUCACAUCAGUGAUGCUGACUAUGAGCAUGCUCAGAAGGUUUGGAAAGCCUUUGAUAUUAAGGAUCUAGGUGAAUAUCAUGACAUCUAUCUCAAUACAGAUGUUCUAUUGCUCGCCGGUGUGUUUGAGACAUUCAGAGAGACGUGUUUGAGAUACUACAAACUAGAUCCCGCGCAUUUUUACACAACUCCUGGAUUAACUUGGCAAGCAUGUCUGAAAAAGACCGGGGUUAGUCUAGAUCUAUUGUCUGAUAUUGAGAUGGUCACGUUCAUUGAAAGCGGUAUUAAGGGUGGAUUGUGUCAAGCUGUCCACCGCCACGCCAAGGCCAACCAUUCAUAUAUGGGCGAUAUUUAUAAUACUUCGGAAGAUACAACCUAUCUGCAGUAUCUUGAUGCUAACAAUCUGUUCAUAGAGUCUUGA